ACUGUUUUACCGUAGCACUAAAUAGUGAAUCUGGCUAUGUAGUUCCACUGGCUUAGCAUCGGCGGCAGCCACAGCUGUCUCACUAAUCGCGCAUCAGCUGAUUCGCGCAUCAGCUGAUUCGCUCCUCUUCCUGUACAUGUGUACAUAAAUAAUAGGAGAUUAUUGUAUUUAGUAUCUUUUUUAUUUUUUUUUUGUGUGCUGUUAUUAUACAUAUAUAUAUGAACAAUACAGUGUCAUUAGCAAAUAUUAGAAAACUUUAAAAUGUUUGUUUGUAAAAUAUAAUAAAAUGCAACAUGUGUAUUAACAAAUUUUUUUAUAAAAAACGCGCUCGCACAUUUUUUCUGUUCUAAUAAAUAUAGAAAUUCUGUAUAAAACACUUCUCGUGUUACGAUUGUGUAUUCUACUCACUAUAUUUGCACUUUAUUUGAUAUAUAUAUUAAUUCACAAAUUAUAGAUUUUGUUGAGAUGGAUUUUAAAACAAGUAAUGGAUUUUUUGAUUUGUGUAUAAAUGUAUCGAACGAGAAUGAGAAUCGUUUAAACGAUAUUUUAUUAAAAUUGUAUCAAAUGGGUUAUAAGACAGUGAUGUUAAAUCAAACUAUAGAGGAAAGUACUGUUGAUAAUGAUAGAAAAAAGAAGAAAAAAGGUGAAGAGAGUAAAACUGUGCCAAAUAUGGUGCCAGAUCCAAUUAAUGUGGGCGAACUAAACGAGAAAUUUAAGGGAAAACUAUGUAUACUUAACAGGAUCACAUUUAUUUGUUCAGAUCCUGCAAAAACACAUACAUUGGCACAGUGCCCAAAUUUGAAAAAAUAUCACUUAUAUGCUAUUGUUCCAACUAAACAAGAUAUGUUGGAGUUUGCUUGUUCACAAUUAAAUGUAGAUCUUAUUACGAUGAGACCAUUAAUUUCUGGCAUAAAAAUGAAAAGAAAGCUAUAUCGGCAGGCAGUAGCAAGAGGUUUAUGUUUUGAAAUACAAUAUGCGGAUCUCUUGAACCGAAAAACACGCGUAGCAACUAUUCAUUACUCUCAUCUACUCCACAUGUAUUACAAGUGUAUGAAUGUAAUCAUAUCAAGUGGCGCAGACAAUCCGAAUUUAAUCAGGAACCCUUAUGAUAUCAUAAAUCUUGGAUCUAUGUUGGGUUUAAGCGAAGUUAAAUCAAAAGCAGCUUUAUUAAAUCAAUGUCAAUUGCUUCUUUUGAGAGCAGAAAGACGAGUAUCCGGCAAAGCAGUAUUUACAGUGGAGUUUACAGAAGAGCCAAUAGAAGAAGAUAAUGAGGAAGAAUAUUGAUAAUAAAAAAGAAUGAAAAAAAAGUAAAUGUAUAAAGACUAAUACUAUAAAAUUUAAUUUUACAACUUUAUAAAAAAUUUUUAUAAAAAAAAAUCUUUUUUAUAUUUGAUUAUGUAUGUUUCACAGUAUAUUGUUCUCUUUUCUAAAGCUAAGCUUUUUUAAGCUAUUAUUUAUGAUUCUUAUGCAAUAUUUAAUAUUUAUCCCAGUUUUUACAAACUCAUUUUUAUACUCUUUUUUUCUGCUGUAAUUCUAAUUGUGCAAAAAUCCAAAAAUAUUAAUUAAUUCAAAAAAU